AUGGCAGGCAAAGAUUGGGAAAUAGUACAAGAAAAGGCUUUCACCGCCUGGGUCAACUCAGUAUUGGAUAGAAGAGGUGAAAAGAUUGCAGAUGUAGCCAAAGACCUUAGCGAUGGUGUCAAGCUCAUCUUUUUCCUCGAGUUGGUAUCGGCCAAGAAGUUCAACAAGAAGUUUGAUUACGAGCCAAAGGCCCGUAUUAAUAUGAUUCAAAAUAUUGCUUUGGCUCUUAAAUUCCUCGAUGAAGAUUUAAAGAUUAAAGUUCAAGGUAUUGGUGCUGAAGACUUUGUUGAUCAUAAUAAAAAGAUGAUUCUUGGAUUUUUAUGGACAUUGUAUCGUAAAUAUCGUAUUGCAGUCAUUUCAGAAGGAGACAAGUCAUCAGAGGAAGGUUUGUUGCUCUGGACCAAGAACACUACCAACGGGUACAACGGUGUCAACGUGACAACCUUUGGCAAGUCGUUUAGAGACGGUCUUGCCUAUUUGGCAUUGGCCCACAAGUUUGAGCCAUCUCAAUUCAGUUAUGCCGAGCUUGAGAAGCUCGACCCAGUCGCCCGUCUCAACGCCGCCUUUGACUAUGCCGAAAAGAACUUGGGUGUGCCCAAGUUACUCGAGGCCGAAGAGGUCAUGCGUGGCACCACCGACGAGCGUUCACUCGUCCUCUACACCUCGCUUUUCUUCCACGCCUACCGUGCCAAGGAAGAAAAGGAGCGUCUCGAAGAGAGCAAGUCGGCCAUUGCCUCGCGUCUCGCCGGUCUCCAAUCAUCACUCGAAAAUGAAAAGAUGUCUCGUGAAUUGCUCAUCAAGCAAAAGGAAGAGCUCAAGAGCUUGCUCGCCUCGCUCGAAGGUGAAGCCGCCUCACGUGAACACCAUCUCCGUGAACUGGAAGCCAAACUCGACGAAGUUCUCAAGAAUUUGGAAUUGGAAAAAUUGGCCCGUCUCGAGCUUGAAAACCGUCUCGCCAAGACUGAAAAGGACAAAGCUUUGCUCGAACUCGCCUUGGCCGAAGCCACCGACGCCAAGAACCGUCUCGAGGCCCAAGUCGAGGCCGACCGUCAACGCGCUGCUGCCGAAGCCCAAGGUCUCGGUUUGUUGCGUAAGCAUCUCGACCAACACGUCCAAGGUCUCCUCAAGUGGCAAAAGCUCGCCAUCGAGAGCUCUGCCUCUGGCUCCACACUCGACGACCAAAUCAUCGACGAAGUCUCUGGUUUACCAUUUGGCGAACAAGUCAAACACUUGGCCAGCAAGUUGGAUGAUGAAAAUAAGGCUAUCCAAAAGUUACUCGUUCAAAAGGAAGAUGACUUGAAGAUUUCUCAAAAGAAAAAUUCUUCAAAGGCCAAGUAA